GUGUUGUUAACUCUUCGCUUCGUGUUGUCAGCCACGUCAUCUUCUCGGAAGCUGCUCAUGUUUUUCAGAUGUUACACAUUUAGUUGGGUUUCGUUAAGAUCUGCUUAAAUCGUCUUAAUGUAGUUGUUUGCGUUUAGUUGUCGAGUCAACGAGCUGCUUUAAUUGUCCGUAUGUUGCAGUAUUUAUUUAUUUUUGUGCAGUAGUUCAGCAGCUGUAGAGUGUUGCUCUUUUUGCCUUUUAAUAACUUUUAACUCCGUGACCCGCUGAGGCCUGUGAAGACUGAAACACAAGAUAAAGAAAAAUGAAUAUCUUUCGUUUGGCCGGUGAUGUGUCACAUCUUUUGGCUAUUAUCAUCCUGUUGCUGAAGAUAUGGAGGUCCAGAUCCUGUGCCGGUAUCUCUGGGAAGUCUCAGGUGCUGUUUGCACUAGUCUUCACCACCAGGUACCUGGACUUGUUCACCGUUUUCAUUUCAGCCUACAACUCCACCAUGAAGAUGGUAUUCUUGGGUCUGUCCUAUGCUACCGUGUACCUGAUCUACAUGCGCUUCAGGGAAACGUAUGACUCCGAUAACGACACAUUCCGUGUGGAGUUCCUGUUAGUACCAGUCAUCGGGUUGUCUUUCCUCGAGCACUACGCUUUCACCCCAAUGGAGAUCCUGUGGACUUUCUCCAUCUUCCUGGAGGCGGUGGCUAUAAUGCCACAGCUCUUCAUGAUCACAAAGACCGGCGAGGCGGAAUCCAUCACCACCCACUACCUCUUCUUUCUUGGCCUCUACCGAGCGCUGUACAUUGCCAACUGGGCAUGGCGUUACCACACAGAGGGCUUCUGGGACCAGAUUGCCGUGGUGUCCGGUGUUGUGCAGACCAUUUUCUACUGCGAUUUCUUCUACCUUUACAUCACAAGAGUUCUUCGAGGAAAAGGAAAGAUGAGCCUCCCAAUGCCAGUUUAAAACUGCGCCACAUACGUAGAUAUUCUCUCCCUGCUCCAGUUCACCAUGCAAUCACAGACUUUGUUCUUCAACUGUUCUAUAGCAAUGGAGCUAAUGGUCUGAGUGUAGAAACUGAAUUUCUGCUUGAUCGCUACUGUGUGUGUUUUUAUGCCAUCAGUACUUUGAGAGAUACGUGUGUAACAUACAGCACGACACACCGACUGUAUCCCUGAUGUGCUUGUAGAACUUUGGCCACCCGAAAAACACUAUGACUAUUGUGUAUUUAGCUUUAAUUUUUAUGUCAGGUGGUGAGAAACGGUGGCUUUAUGACAAUUGAAAGAGUAUUUGUAACUUACUUUUUUGCAAACUUUAAAGGCUUUAAAAAAAAUUCAUUUUAAACAAUGCAAUUUUUCCUGCGAUGCCCAGAGAUGCGCAUCAAGUCUUGCUAACCCUCUACUCAGCGCAACAUAUUUGACUGUGUUACCAGUGAUUCACAGUAAUGACAAAUAUUGUAGGUUACUGUAUUACAUGCUGACACUUAAAGGGGUCAUAUUGUUUUAUCUAAUACUGUUAUGUAUGUUAAACAUCUUUAACAUCCCACAGUGCAGUGACUGUGCAUGUAUGAAUUAUCCUGCUAUAAGCAAACUUGUGGCCUGAAAUAGCAAGACCUGAUUUUUUUUUUUUUUAACUGUGCCUUCUUCUUGUCUGCUUCUUGUUACUCUUGUCUCUUUGAUUGUUUGCACCAGACAGUACAUUUGCAUGUUUUUCACCAGAGUUAUAAAGGCAAGUGUGUCGAUAGUUCACCUUUAUCAAUUUAAAUGGGCCUGGAAGUGCACAUGCGUGCACGGCCCUGCUGUCCACUUACCCAGCCAUAAACAGAAGAGAAUAAAUCUUUAUUAUCUACCAAAGUGCAAAAACUGCCUUUGGCUCAUCAAAGACAAAGAAUGUUAAUAGUCAUAACCUCACAUGAACUUUUGCAUAUAAAACCUGGCGGUCUAAAGACAAGUGACACCUACACACAAUGGACAACAGCAGUGAAAAAGGCAAAAAAAAAAAAAAAAAGCACAGAACCAGCACAGUUAUGCCAAAUGUGAAGCUGAGACAGUGAGCUGAGAGGUAGAGAAAAAGAAAUAUGUUUCCUGUGAAGGUAUCGGGUUCUAGAAAUCAAAUAACAAAAAAGCAAUGAAAAAUAACUGAGGUGAUUAACUUGUACGUAGUUACAAUCAACAAAUGCCUCAGGAGGGCUGAUAAAAAUUUAGUUCACUUGCAAUUAAUUACAAUGCAGUUUGGGAAUGGUAACUUGUAUAUUUAAAGUAAGUGCAUAUACAUAAACAAUAUUUUAAAGAUAAAUACAAAUGGUGACUUUGGCUGCUUUGUUUUACAUUACAUUACAUUACGUCUUCAUAUCAGGCUCGAUAUGCUCUGAAAAAUGUGUGCCUGCGUGGGCUGACGAAGGUGUGUGAGGUGCACACAUUCUCACCAUAUGGUCUUCAUAACUUUCGAAUUCUGUGGAAAAUGAUGUGCAGAUGGUUUUUGCUUGUGCACAUGAUUUUUUUUUAAUGAGGCCCCUGGUGACCUAUAUUAAUUUUCUGAUAGGACGUCACAUAUAAUAUGACACCUUUUAAUGUCAAGUGUGUUCCUUAUUUCAUUCUUCAUCCUCAUCUUUUGUUCUCUGAGCUGUUUAAUCUGUGUGACCCCCAAAAAAGGGGACACACUCAUGUUAUUGAUGAAGCCAAACAUACUCGUAGAACAUCUAACUAAUGCAGACAUGGAAGUAAAACAAAUAUUUCACUGUAAAUAACUGUCACCUUCUGACAAAAUGUCAUUCAUUGGUUUUAUUUUUAUCAGCGCAUCAAUCUGUUCUUUGCUUUCGGAACUUGAAUAUUAAAAAGACUUUGACUCCUGUUUA